ACAACAUUAAAAGUGGAAAAAUUUUGUAUGGCAAUAACAUUAUUGUCAAUAAACCAGUUUUUUUUCUUUUUUUAAUUACAUAAAUUAAUUCCUUUUUUUAUUUGCUUUCUUGUUCCACUUGUUCAUCCUUCUCUUUCUUUUGUCUUUUUUAUUCUCUGGCUUCUGCAAAUUCCAUAGUUUAAUCCAUAAGUAAUGUACCCCUGUGAAAGAUUUUCAUCAAAUCAUCCAAUUUCAGUUUGUGGGUCUUUUAAAUUUUUCUUAAUAAAAGCUUUUUUUUCUUUUGUUAUGGUUUGUAUUGUGUUUAGAUGAUCUAUCGAGAUUUGAUAGAAGAGUUUUCGUUGGAUUUGGUCGUCGAAAAAAAAUGAGGGUAUUUCCUGGAAGUCCAGGGACUUUAACUAGCCUGUUUUUAAGGAUUGCACAGUGUAUUUUUGCAGCUGGAUCAAUUGCUUCCAUGGCGACCACUUCUAGCUUCUCCAAUUUCACAGCUUUCUGCUACCUUAUUGCUUCAAUGGGAUUACAAGUUGUUUGGAGCUUUGGUCUUGCGUUAUUAGAUGGAAUUGCCGUGGCGAAAAAGAAGGUCCUCCAUAAUCCCGUUUUAGUCAGCCUUUUUGUAGUUGGAGACUGGGUGACGGCUACAAUGUCUCUGGCUGCAGCUUCUGCCUCAGCAGGCAUUGCAGUAUUGUACUUUAAUGACCUGGGAAGCUGCAAACUUGGAGAAGAAUGCCAAAAAUAUCAGUUGUCAGUUGCCUUGGCCUUCCUUGGUUGGAUAGCAAUUUCAAUAUCAUCCUUAAUUACGCUUUGGCUAUUGGCUGGCUGUUAAACCAUUUGUUGUACAAGCUUUUGGUUUUCUUCCACCUUCCUAAAUCAUUGAUCUCAGAAAUUUUGAUCUUCUUGUACUGUCCAUACAAAAGAAAAAAAAAAGCGAAAAUAGUGUUAUGAUACUCAACGUUGUUUUAUUCCCUCAUAGGUAUCAUUCUUUUUGCUUCUGGUGGUGGUAAACAGAACAUUUUUUUGUGGAUUUAAAAGGUAAAUAGAUAUGGAAAAUUCCUCCUUUACAAGCAAUUGAAUUACCAAAAGAACUACUUAUUGUGAUGCAAACAUCAUUUUUUUUGUUCUUUUUGGAGAUGGGAUAAAGCAAACAUCAUUAUUUUGUCUUUGUCAUGUGAAAUUAAUUGGCUUGAAAAGUUGGGAACUUCAACCAUAGUGGGUUUUGGUGAACUGGUUGCUCAAUCAUGCUCUUACUAACAUGCUUAGACGGCAAGGCAUGAAAGUUAAGCACCAUUUUGUACUUCCCCUUUUUUCUUCUAACUAAUUAUAUUUAUGGAUUUGCCAUUCUUGUGCUUGUGGUUACUUGCCCUUCCAUCUAAUUUAACUGGCUGCAAUUAUAGAAUUGUCUCUUUUUCCUUGAUAAAACCUUUCCAACAGCUUGUAUAUUAUGCUGAGAGGCCAUGAAUGUUUUGGCUACUAUAUGCUUCUACUUCUCUUUCUUUCCAUGGUUGGAGUCACUUCUUGCCAAUUAUACUGACAAUUUUGUAUCACACCGUUUGACAUUGCAUUUGCAGUCCAAAUCAGCUUUUUGA